CAACUAGUUGACUCUUUCUAUAUGCAUAAAGCAAUGUAAACGCUACUGUACUCAGCGAUCACCCAAGUUGGACUGAAGGAACUUCCUAAUUUCCAGAUAUGACUAUCCUCUUUACCUAACUUGUCGAUGUUUGACGCAUUCAAGAUGGUUGCAUUUGGUAUCAAUGACACUGCAUCGCCCGGCACAGAACCGUCCCAACCAGGGAAGAACCUGCCCAUCUGGCCACCAUCCUGCCCACCGGAAACGUCGACUCUCUAUCCUAAGCCGCAGGGUAUGACCGAGGUUUCUUUCAUCAUCGAUGGGCCUAGCGGGGAGACGGUAGAAAGCGUGACCUAUCAACAAGCAUCCGCCUCACAGGGGAUUGUCACACUGCAUCACCUCGAGUACCCAGAUGUCAUUGGAGGGAUCAAAGUUACCUAUGAAUCGGGCCAUGCUUUUGAUCUAGGCACAGUGAGCGGAGCUCCCAUGUCAACCGGGGUAUUCUUCGAACCCGGCGACUCCAUCAACAGGGUUGAGCUUUUCAAGGUUGCCUUUGGAUUGGUCAAUAUCUCCUUUCUGUGCCUGGACGCCAAAGGUAGACAGUUCACCACAAAGGCAUUAUUUGAUGCCUCCACAAUGCGACACGGGAUCAGAGGAACUAUCGCCCGGCAUGUGAUCGACAUUUUCACGCGAAAGUACCAGUUGCUAUACAGGCGUUUCAAGGGACCAACUCGUGAAGAGGACAUUCCCCAAGGUGAAGUGGUCGGGCUCUGGGGGUUUGAUAUGGCCGAGAGGGGCUUGUCCAUCGGACUGGUAAUUGACCAAAACAACCCUAACUGA